GUCAGCAAGUAGUGUAGUGUUUCUCUAAUUGAACUUCGCCCAAUCAACAAUAACUCGUUAGCAGUCGCUUUCGUUUUACAGCUUCUUUUUUUUUCUCCCCCCCCACCCCCCCCCUCCAGUCUGUUUUUCUUCCUAAAGAACUACAUGGAGCUCGGCAGAGGAGCUGCGGCUCUCUGAGGGGAAUCCAGUCGAGCUGCCUUCACGCCCGGAGCAUGGUUAUUUUGGAGGAAAGCUCCUCGCCGAGUUAAGCGUCAGAAUAUAGAAGCGGGCUUCGACGGAGGAAACGCUUGUGGACGCGUAAAACCGCCAUUUGAAUGAAAUAAUCAACUUUUCUCCCCACGUAUCUUCGGGACUGCGAUGACCUCCAGUAAAGACAUGAAGGCAGGUUCCGUGUUGCAGUCCAGCAGCGAGGACAGGAGACGCGCUCCUUUGGACCAGCUGCCUCCGCCGGCCAACUCCAACAAGCCGCUCACGCCGUUCAGCAUCGAGGAUAUCCUCAACAAACCGUCCGUGAAGAAGUCGGUGGCCAGUAUCUGUCCACCCAGAGUGCUGGAGAAAGUUACCGGCUCCAACUCGGCCAGGAACGGGAUCAGCACUCCGUCGUCGCCGCUGUGCGCGCUGGAGGAGCUGGCCAGUAAAACAUUUAAAGGUCUGGAAGUGAGCGUGAUCCAGGCGGCAGAAGGUCGUGAGCAUCUAAACGCUUUCGGACAGAGACAGACGUCCAAGAAGAGGAGAAAGUCUCGGACGGCCUUCACCAACCACCAGAUCUACGAGCUGGAGAAGAGGUUCUUGUACCAGAAGUAUCUCUCACCGGCCGACCGCGACCAGAUCGCGCAGCAGCUGGGUCUGUCCAACGCGCAGGUCAUUACCUGGUUCCAGAACCGCAGGGCCAAGCUCAAGCGCGACCUGGAGGAGAUGAAGGCAGACGUGGAGUCGCUGAAGAAGAUCACCCCGCAGACCCUGCAGAAGCUCGUCAGCAUGGACAACCUUGAUGAGGCGCAGGGCGGAGGCCCCGGGGCCAGAUCACCCAGCGUCUCGCCGACGUCCCACGGACACCGCGCCUUCCCACAGUCCCCCUCCUCGUCCAGAGACCAAACCACGGACGAGUUCUCGGAUGACGAGGAGGAGAUCGAGGUGGACGAUUGACAGUUAGAGAGGCGCCUGUGGUUUUAUUAAGAAAAGACAAAAAAGAAAAAAAAAAACAACAACAAAAAAAAAACGGGGGCAUUUUUCUUCCCAAACUUUUGCACGGAUAUUGUCAAACAGGAGGAUAUACACAUUAAAAUAUAAACACUGCAGGAUUUCUCCUCCUCUGCAUUUUUAUUUAUUAAUCGGACUUGUAAAGCCUUCCAAGUCUUUAAAUUUCAGCCAGAUGUUUGGAGAAUUAUCAGCUGUCCUUACAAGAAGACUGAAAAUUGUGUAAACAUUUUAAUAUUUUGGGUUUGUUUUGUUGUAGGAGGUUGAAAGUUGUGCAAUUAUCGGACCUGCCAAAUAUCAGACCCUCCUGUCAGGCAAAAAACCCACAACGGUUUUUAUUCUGCAGGCACAUAAACAGAGUUGUGUAAAUAAAUCAAACGUCCUUUAUUGUAACAUUCUAUUUAAUCAGCAUCUAUGUAAAUAAAGGUUAUAUGACAUUUCAA